AUGGAUCACUCAUCUAUGAAUACCACAAUGUCCGAUAUGGGGGCUUGCAAGACUUCCAUGUUAUGGAACUGGUACACAAUAGACGCCUGCUUCCUCUCCGCCAGCUGGCAUGUAACAUCCAACGCGAUCUUCGCGGGAAGUUGUAUCGGCACAAUUCUCCUCGUCAUAUCCCUCGAGUUCCUCCGUAGAACAGCAAAAGAAUACGACCGCUACAUCCUCCGACAGUUCCAGCGCUCGCUCUACCUCCCAGCGGAAUCAGACUCCAAAGGAUGCCCGCCGACUAAGGAGUUAUUAGGGGGAGUGGGAGAGAUACAAUUCCGCCCGAAUAUUCUACAGCAGUUUGUGCGAGCGACAUUGCACAUGUUGCAAUUCGCCGUUGCCUAUUUUAUCAUGCUGCUUGCUAUGACUUAUAAUGGGUAUAUCAUUAUUUGCAUCAUUAUUGGGGCGUGGAUCGGAGGGUUCGCUUUCACUUGGGAGAGCAUUAGUCUAGGUAAACCUGGUGAUAAGCAGGAGGAAGCGACGCUAUGUUGCGGAUAG